AUGUCGGCUCCAACUGAUACGAGCAAGGCUAAUCCAGCGCCUGAAUCCCCUACCACUGUACGUCCGUUCGAAAUGGACGACGAUGAUAUUCAAGACACGGGCAUUCUUGGCGAUGAUAAUGCCCAUCAGACGACCGCGAACGCGACCUCGACUGCUGCCAACCCACCCACAGCCAGCGAAGAAACCGCACCGCCCAAGCCUCCUCGGCCAGUUACCGAGCAACAGAAGAAUGAAUUAAUUCUCAAAGAGGCCUUUCCGAGUAUUGAAUUACCGGUCAUUAAAGCCGUUUUGAUCGCGAGUGGUGGUCAAAUCGAUCCUGCUUUUAAUGCUCUGUUAGCUAUGAGCGAUCCAGAUGCUGUGCAGAACGAACCCCCGCGCGAGGCUGCCCCUCCGCCUCAACCUCCGCGACCUACUGGGGCUAGAAGUCCUAUGUCGCAAAUAGAAGCCGACGAGCUUUACGCCCGAGAGCUUACCCAAUACUACGAAAAUGUUGGUGCCUACGAAGCGAGGACGACAAAUCAAGGUCCCGGUGGCCAAUAUCGCCGACAAGCGACAGGUCUAAAGCCCAACGAGAUGUAUGACCGAGACCACAGCUUUAUCGAUGAUGACCUGCCUGUUAUUAAGGAAAACCUCCGCAAAGGGUUCCUUGAGACCCAAACAAAGGUCAACUCCUGGUUUACCAACUUAAAGAAGAAGAUCGAUGGCGAAUAUGAUGAGAAUGAAGACGAGACGCAGCCCUCUAAGCAUCAACGCCAAGGUUUCAAUAGACGUAGCGGAGAAGGCUCGAGAAGAAGUGCCGACUACGAUCGCUACGAUGCUGAUCCACAAGUUCUCAGCGACGACUUUGCAGGGAUGAGGCUUCAUCCGGAUGGUAGGCCAUCUCAAGAACGCCCAUCAGGCAAUCCAAACCUCUAUAGACCACCGCCAUCUACAUCUCCUAAGCCUGAGAGUCGCAAGGUUGCCUUCAAAGAGGGAGUCGAAGACAUUGACCAAUAUAAUGCAUCCCCAAGAAUUCCGCCCAAAGACAGCAGCGCAACUCCCCCUCCUGGCAAGCAGAGCAAAUGGCAACCUUUGUCUACAAUUGAACCCAACCCGAUUACAGAUAAUGAUCCCUUUAGCCUCGGCGACAGUGAGGACGAGAAGGAUGCGAAGGAAAAGAAUGGCGGAGGGAUCAAGAUGGAAGAUAGCGAAAGGCUUAAGCAAGCUACGGCAGAUGCUAUGGCUGAUAGCUUAGUUGGGGGUUCUGGAAAGAAGACCAGUGGUAAGGAUUAA